AGCGAUGAAUCCCGAAGAGCAAACCGUAACAUGGCUUAUUUCAUUAGGAGUUCUGAAUUCUCCCAAGAAAGUAGUAGAGGAUCCGGAGGAGUUCCUGAAAACUUCUCUGAAAGAUGGAACAGUACUCUGUAAACUCAUUAAUCGACUUCUUCCGGGAUCUGCAGAAAAGUAUUGUCUGGAGCCUAAAAAUGAAGCUGAAUGCAUCAGUAACAUUGAAGAGUUCUUAAAAGGCUGUGCACUUCUUAAAGUGGAGCUGUUUGAUCCACAUGAUUUGUACACAGGAGAACAGUUCUCCAAGGUCCUGAGUACGUUAACAGCUAUAAAUAAAGCUACUGAAGACCAGCCGUCCAAAAGACCAUGUUCUCAGCUCUCGUCCCAUAGCUCCACAGCUGAAGAUCCCCACGCUACCUCCAACGGCACAGCUUCACGGGCUGCAAGGGUGUUAAGGAGACAGUCCAAGGCUGUGGAGAUGACCGAGAAUGGCAGUCAUCAGCUGGUGGUAAAGGCCAGGUUCAAUUUUAAGCAGACCAACGAGGAUGAGCUCUCUGUUAACAAGGGAGACAUUAUUUAUGUUACCCGAGUUGAAGAAGGGGGCUGGUGGGAAGGGACACUGAAUGGAAAAACAGGCUGGUUCCCAAGCAACUACGUCAGAGAAAUCAAAUCCUCCGAUAAACCACUCUCUCCCAAAGCAUUAAAAGGACUUGAAAGCACUCAGCUGACAAAGAAUUAUUACCCUGUGGUGUUGCAAAAUAUUCUGGAAACAGAACGAGAUUAUGCGAAGGAACUCCAAUCACUUCUGGGAACUUACUUAAGACCCCUCCAGUCUUAUGAUAAGCUCAGUGCUGUGGACAUCGCGGCGUUAUUGGGAAAUGUGGAAGAAAUCUCUGCGUUUCAGCAAACGCUGAACCAAGCCUUGGAAGAAGUUGCAAAGCUCCCUGAGAACCAGCAGCGAGUGGGAGGCUGUUUCAUGAACCUGAUGCCCCAGUUCCGCUCCCUGUACCUGACGUACUGUGCUAACCACCCGUCUGCAGUCAGCGUCCUCACGCAGCACAGUGAUGAGCUGGAAAAGUUUAUGGAGAGCCAGGGUGCGGCCAACCCAGGCAUCCUCCUCCUAACCAGCAGCCUCAGCAAGCCCUUCGUGCGGCUGGACAAGUACGUGACGCUUCUGCAGGAGCUGGAGCGGCACAUGGAGGAGGCGCAUGCAGAUCAUGAAGAGGUUUUGAAAGCAGUCACAUCCUUCAAGUCUCUUGUGUCCCAGUGCCAGGAGCUGCGGAAGAGGAAACAACUCGAGCUGCAGAUCCUCUCCGAAUCCAUCCAGCGCUGGGAAGGCGAGGACAUCAAAACGAUGGGAAGCAUCAUCUACAUGUCCCAGGUUAUGGUACAGUGCGGGGGAAGCGAGGAGAAAGAAGAGCGCUAUUUCUUGUUGUUUGCGAACGUUUUGCUCAUGCUGUCCGCAAGCCCACGGAUGAGCGGGUUCAUAUAUCAGGGAAGGCUGCCUCUGACAGGGAUGACGCUGACGAAGCUGGACGACGCCGAAGGGAAUGAGCACACGUUUGAGAUCGCAGGGAACAUGAUGGAGCGGAUCACUGUGUCCUGCAGCAGCAGCCAAGACUUGCACGAAUGGCUUGACCAUUUGCAGAGGCUCACCAAAGGGACGUGCAACAUCACAUCCAAAACUCAGUCCUGGAGCGCGCAUUCGACAUUUAGUUCAACUGGACAGAUUCGUGGCCCGCUGGAGCCUCCCAAAAUCCUCAAGCCCUGGAGCUUGAGCUGCCUCCGUCCUGCUCCUCCGCUCAGGCCCUCGGCCGCGCUGAGUUACAAAGAGAGGAUGUCUUAUAUCUUAAAGGAUUCUAGCAAGAGUCCAAAAACAAUGAAGAAGUUUCUUCCAAAAAGGAAAACUGAGAGAAAAGCUUCUGAUGAAGAGUUUGUUAUUAGGAAAAGUACCGCUGCGCUGGAGGAGGAUGCUCAGAUCCUGAAGGUGAUCGAGGCGUACUGCACCGGGGCCGGCUUCCAGCAGGCGCUCAGCUCAGGCUCCCGCAAAGACUCCAUCCCCCAAGUGCUUCUUCCCGAGGAAGAGAAGAUCAUCAUAGAGGAGACGAGAAGCAACGGUCAGACUGUCACGGAGGAAAAGAGCCUUGUUGACACGGUUUAUGCACUGAAAGAUGAAGUCAAAGAACUGAAGCAGGAGAACAAAAGGAUGAAGCAGUGUUUGGAGGAAGAGCUUAAAUCGAGGAAAGAUUUGGAGAAGCUGGUUAGGAGGCUGCUGAAGCAGACGGACGAGUGCGCCAGGGAGGACACGGGCCGCAAGUCGUCUCUCAUAGCCUGAAGCUGGGAGAAGCUGCUGGCAGUGGUGUGUGACCUCAGGUGUUUUUCGGGAAGUAGAACUGGAUCCUUUGCCUCUUUUUGCUCCUCAUUUUGUUGGUUUUGGGGACUUCGUUACCAAAAAAUAAGUCAGAGAGGAA